GGGUUCAAAAUAUUAGGGUUUUUUUUUAGAAAGACGACUUUUAUAAAUGUUCCUAUCUUAUAAAUUCUGCUAUUUCAACAGUUUAGAUCGAAAAAAGACAAUUCAUGUGGAUGUAAGUUGUAAAGCGUGCAAUUUGUGUUUUUUACGCGUUCAAAGAAUAUGCCUACAAAGUGAAAACAAAAGUCUAGAUAUAUCAUGAAUACCUUUAAAAAAAGACGACUUUCAUGUCAAUCACUAAAAUUCAAGUUACAGACAAAAAUAUGGUUUCAUUCGCAAAAGUUUAUUUCUUGGCUGUUGUGAUUACGCAGAAAUGCUCAGGAUUUUCAUAUCUGAAGACACAGGAGUCCAUCGAAAAGUCUAUUGCGUCAGUAAGGGAUCUGGAGGAACCUGAGUUUUCAGCUAGAGACAGAAAUUCUCAGGAUGCCGUGGGUAGGUCCAUAGAUGCUGUACGAGAUCUUGAAGAGCCUGAAUUUUCAGCUAGAGAUAGGAAUACACAGGAGGCCGUCGCAAGGGCCAUAGAUGCUGUACGAGAUCUUGAAGAGUCAGAGUUUUCAGUUAUAGACAGAAAUACACAGGAGGCAGUUGGAAGAUCAAUUGAUUCUGUUCGGGAUUUAACAGAACCUCAGUUUUCAGCUUAACAGUUAGAAAUACAAAGGAGGCAAUUGAAAGAACAAUAGAUGCAGUCAGAACCAGAGUUCUAAAUAACAAGAACUAAAACAUUGAACUAUAUAUUAUCCAUUGUGUAAAUGCAUCUUUAAUAAAAGUUUAAGAUAAAAAAGAAAAGAAAAUCUUUUCUUUUCUUAUCUAACAUCUUUAA